CAGGAAAAACCCCGGCCCUCUCCCACAGAGCCUCAGCCAGUGACAGCCCAGCCACUUCCAGCUACUGAGCUGCGGAGGAGCCGGCUCCACCUCGGCAGCCUCUGCAGGCCCCUGGCCGCUAACAGCCCCAUCCACAGGCUCCCAGGAGAGAUCAGGCCGGUCCUCAUGUCAGUCAAACCCAGCCCCAGCCCCGGCCCCGGCCCCGACCCCGACCCCACUUUGGCACCCAGUAAUGAUUUUGGAGAGAUUCACAACUGGACGGAACUGCUCCACUUUUUCAACCACACCUUUUCUGACUGCCACACGGAACUCAACGAGAACGCCAAACAAGUGGUCCUCUUUGUCCUCUACCUGGCCAUCUUCGUGGUAGGGCUAGUGGAGAAUAUCGUGGUGAUAUGUGUCAACUGGCGCCGCUCGGGUCGGGCGGGGCUGCUGAACUUGUACAUCCUCAACAUCGCCAUCGCGGACCUGGGCAUCAUCCUGUCCCUGCCCGUCUGGAUGCUGGAGGUCAUGCUGGACUACACCUGGCUCUGGGGCAGCUUCUCCUGCCGCUUCACUCAUUACUUCUACCUUGCCAACAUGUACAGCAGCAUCUUCUUCCUCACGUGCCUCAGCGUGGACCGCUACGUCAGCCUCACCACCGCGUCUCCCUCCUGGCAGCGCCACCAGCACCGAAUACGGAGGGCCGUGUGCGCAGGCGUCUGGGUCCUCUCGGCCAUCAUCCCACUGCCCGAGGUGGUGCAUAUUCAGCUGAUGGAUGGCUCCGAGCCCAUGUGCCUCUUCCUGGCACCUUUUGAAACGUACAGCACCUGGGCCCUGGCAGUGGCCCUGUCUGCUACCGUGCUGGGCUUCCUACUGCCCUUCCCUCUCAUUGCAGUUUGCAACAUCCUGACGGCCUGCCGGCUUCGGAAGCAAGGACGGCCGGAGAGCAGGCGCCACUGCGUGUUGAUGUGGGCUUACAUAGCUGUCUUUGUCGUCUGCUGGCUGCCCUACCACGUGACGAUGCUGCUGCUCACGCUGCACGCGACCCACAUCUUCCUCCACUGCCACCUGGUCAACCUGCUCUACUUCUUCUACGAAAUCAUUGACUGCUUCUCCAUGCUGCACUGCGUCCUCAACCCCAUCCUUUACAACUUCCUCAGCCCAAGCUUCCGGGGCCGGCUGCUGAGCCUUGUGGUCCGUUACCUUCCCAAGGAGCAGGCCAGGGCUGCAGGCGGAAGUUCUUCCUCGUCCACCCAGCACUCCAUCAUCAUAACCAAAGAGGGCGGCCUGCCCGCUGCAGAUCUCCACCCCCCACCCACCCGAAACGCUCAGGCACCCUCUCUGCCUCCAGACACCUCAUCUACAUCUACACGCUGCAAUUCCACAGCCAGCUAAGGUAAGUCCUGAUGCCUGUGCCGCUGAUGUGAGCUCUGGUACACCUCAUCCUAAGUAACCACAGAAGCCACCUCCCGGGACCAGGUGUCACUGAAUGAAUCUCCUGGGGGCCUGUGCCACCCGUGGAAGGGAUGAGCAGGAGCUAGCUACACUGACUACAAAGCUGUUCCGCUUAGCAGAAGUUUACCAAGCACAGAUGACUGGCCAGGCCUCAGGCUUCCGGACCACAAGGCCAUGCUUUCUGACUGUCUGGGCUGAGUCCUCUGCAGAGGCCCACUGUUCUCUCCAAGCUGAGAGGUCACCUCAGGGAUGUUUCCCUGAUUCACUGAGUCCUUGACUUCAGUUCCCACUAAAAAACAGUCAACAAGCCAGUCCUGGGAAAUUCCAGCUGCAGGAAAACACAAUGUGUUGCCUGAAAGAAUCCUGGCAUCUGCCGGGCUGGUGUGAGCUCCUGAGGCUGGCCAGAGCCAGAUGUCUGAACGCCAGGACUGAGCGAAUGUGCGUGCACACAGAAAAAGAACUCCCACUUCAAAUCCCUUUCUUUUUUCCUUUUUUAUUCUAAAUAAAAACCACACUUUGUGCUGAACAAUGGAA